AUGAACAAUACCUCAGUGACCAAGUCAGACUGCCCCGACGUGAAAGUCCCCAUCCCUCUCUUCUUCACCAUCGGAUUAGUGAGCCUGGCUGAGAACCUCCUGGUUGUGGUGGCCGUCAUACGCAAUAGGAACCUUCACUCGCCCAUGUACUGCUUCAUCUGCAGCCUGGCAGCCUUCAACACCAUUGCCAGCCUCACCAAAACCUGGGAGAACCUGAUGCUUGUGUUUGCUGAUGUGGGACAGCUGGAGAAGAAAGGUUUCUCAGAGACCAAGCUGGAUGAUGUGAUGGACUCCUUGUUGUUAAUGUCGUUCAUUGGCUCCAUUUUCAGUUUCCUGGCUAUUGCUGUAGACCGUUACAUCACCAUCUUCCAUGCUCUGCAAUAUCACAACAUCAUGACAAUGCGGCGCACCAGGGCCAUCUUGGGUGUCAUCUGGACAACAUGUGGUGCGUCAGCGGCAAUCAUGGUGAGGUUCUUUGCUUCCAAGUUCAUCAUGACCUGCUUUGUCGUCUUCUUCGUUGUGUCCUUGGCGAUUAUCUGCUUCCUCUAUGUCUACAUGUUCAUGCUGGCACGUGUCCAUGCCAGGAAGAUCGCAGCUCUGCCCACUAGUGGCGGGAAGAAGUGUCGGUGUCAGCGGUGGCGGAGCAGCAGCAUGAGAGGGGCCCUGACUCUCACCAUCCUAUUUGGGACAUUUGUGGUGUGUUGGGCGCCGUUUUUCCUCCACCUCAUCAUCAUCAUGGUUUGCCCCAUGAACCCAUACUGCGAGUGUUACCGAUCGCUGUUCCAGCUGCACAUGGUGCUGCUGAUGAGCCACGCCCUUAUCGACCCAGCCAUCUAUGCCUUCCGCAGUGCAGAGCUCAGACAAACCUUCAGGAAGAUGCUGCUUUGUUCAAUUUGGAAACAAUGCUCAUAG